AUGUCACAAUACGAGCCAUGGUACCUCCGUCGACAGUGUCCAAUAUUUUGUCAUAUAUGUAUUCCUGUUUACACAGGUGUUUGGCCUGCUCGGAAAGUGGUGCUGAUUAUUGGAGCAAUAUUAUUUGCAAUUGGAAUUAUGAUAUUACUUGGCCUUCUUUUAACUUGCAUUGCAGUUGAAUGUUCAACAAUAGCUUCAGCACUUGUGCCACUAGCCCUGAUAUUGAUAAUAGUUGGAAUAUUGUUAUUUCAUUGUGGAUGGGCCGCUCACUUACUCGACGGUGAUGGAGCCAUUGAAAUUCCUGCCUCUACGACAAUAUACAAAGAUGAUGAAAAGUUGCCAAAUGAAAACGAACUUGCAGUGUUUGAAAGUGCCUAUCGUGAACCACUUCCUGAGAUUAGGCAUGGCUAUUGGCAAUUCGAAGACAAAGAAGCAUGGCAAACAGUUGCAAAUCCAUACCCAAUUCAGUAA